AUGCGCCGUCGCUUCGCCCUCCUCCGAUAUGCGCCGUUGCUUCGCCGUUGCUUCCUCCUCCUCGCCGCCGCCGACGCCGCCUUCGACGCUCGCGCGGCGCUCGAGGCCGCCACCGCCGCCGACGCGUGGCUGAGCAACGGCACGGCGCCGGCGACGUGGAGCAUCACGCGAGAAGCGCAGCUCGAGCACUUCCAGCUGCUCUCCGAGGGCACGGCGAAGAGCGUCCGCGCCGCGACGUUCAAACGGCGGAGGGUGAUCGUAAAGUCCGACCGAUCGUCCGCGCACGUCCACGCGUUCCGCGGCGGCAAGGCCGACGCGGCCGCGGCCUCCGUGGCGGCGAUGCACCGGUCCGAGCUCCGCGCGGAGCUCGUCUACCUCGAGUACCUGCGGGGCCUGCCGGGCGUGCCGGAGCUCCUCGGCGGCUGGGUCGACGGCGCCGGCGUGACGUACGUCGUCGAGGACGCGGGCACGCCCAUCCACGUCGUCCACCACGACUCCCGCAUGAAGGACGUGAACAAGUACAUGAUGCUCGCGAGGCGGCGGCCGCUGGGCGUCGCGCGCGCGAUCCUCGACUGCUUCCGGAGCUUCAGCGAGAUCGGCGGCUUCUUCCUGGACGACUUCGCGCCGCACCAGUUCGCGUUCUCCGGCGCGCCGGGCUCGCCGCGGCCGCCGAGGCUCUACCUCGUGGACGGACCCAAAGCCCUCGCCGGUCGGUCCCCGGUCUCCGACCUCAUCGCGGCCAUGCCGAAGCCGCACGCGCUCGACGCGCGCGAGCGCGCGUGCGAGAGCGACGACGACUGCCCGGGCACGUCGCGCCAGCACUGCUGCUGCUGCCCCCACAAGGAGUCCACGGGCGUCAUGGCCGCGGAAUGCGCCGGGCGCCGGCGCCUCGUGCACCACAACGAGCACACGGCCUGCGCCGACGGCUCCCGGGGGUCGCCCGAGUCCAAGGGCCUCUGCAACCCGCGGAAGCGAUGCGUGCCCCUGUCUUCCCGCACGCACAGCUUCGACGUCGGCGCCAAGGCCUGGCUCCUGCCCUUCCUCGCGGACAGCGCGGACCGCGGCAAGAGGCCGCGGACGGCGACGUUCCUGCGGCACCUCGCGGCGAACAUGAGCUACCGAUGGCGCCGGCGGUGCGCCGACGAGGAGACGACGGCCGACGAGCUGCUGGACCUCGCCGUCGCGGCCCUCGUCGGCGACGACGGCGGCGACGCGGCGGCGCUGCGCCGCCGCGGCGCCGGCGACGCCGCGGCGGCGCGGCUCCUGCGCGCGGCGGCGCGGAAAUUGGGCCUCGGCGGCGGCGCGGGCUACCUGCGGUCCGUGGCCUGGGCCGUGGCGGACCUCGACCCCUUCCGCGCGGCGGCCCUGCGGCUCCGGUGCCACGGCCUCCCGUCGCUGCCCGCGUACGCGCGGCGCCGCGUCGCCCGCGACGAGGCCGCGGCGGCGGCGCGGCGUUCCGCGGCCUUCCCCCUCGCGCCCGGCGACGACGACGCCGGCCACGAGGCGCUGCUCCGCGCCGCGGAGGCUGGCGACGCCGCGCUUGCGCGCCGCGCGCUCGUCGCGCCCGCGGGCUACCGCCGCGCGAGCUUCCGCUGCGCGGCGACGGGCCGCACGGCGCUCCACGCGCUCUGCGACGCGCGCAGCCUCGACGGCGACGGCGGCAGCGACGACGACGGCGCCGAGCGCUGCAAGGUCGCCGCGCUGCUCGUCGCGCACGGCGGCGACGCCGGCGCCGCGGACGAAAACGGCGCGACGCCCUUGCACUGCGCCGCCGCGGGCCUGCGCGUCGCGCUCGUCGAGGCGCUCGCCGCGUCCGCGGGCGCCGCGGCCCUCCUCGCGCGGGACGCCGCCGGGCGCACGGCGCUGCACCACGCGGCGGCCGCGCAGCUCAAGCGGUCGCGGCGGUGCCGCCGCGACGCCGCGCGCGGCCGCGACGUCGCCGCGCGGCUCGAGCGCGCGUCGGCGCGCGCCUGCGCCGUCGUCGCCGCGCUGGCGGCCCACGGCGGCGGCGCCGCGGCCGUGGCGCGCGACGCCUUCGGGUGCGCGCCGCUGGCCGUCGCCGCGUCGUGCCGCGACGCCGCGCCGCUCGUCGCCGCGCUCCUCGACGCGGCGCCGGCCGACGAGGACGCGCUCUGGGACGCGGCGCGCGCGGCGGCGCGCGGCGGCGCGGCGCGGACGCUGGCGCUCCUCGCGGCGCGGGCCGAGGCGAACGGCUGGGCCGCGACGUACCACUGGCCGCGGCUCCUGGCGCUCGCGGUCGCGCGGGGGUCCGCGCGGUGCGUCCGCGCGGCGCUCGACGGCGGCGCGGACCCGAACGUCGCCGCCAUCGACGCCCUGCCGCCCCUCCACGCCGCGGCGUCCCGCGGCGACGACGCGCUCUGCGGCCUGCUCCUCGACCGCGGCGCGCGCGCGGACCGCGUCUGGACCGCGGGCGGCCUCGCGGCGCUCCGGGGGUUUCCCGAGUGCGCGGCGCGGCUCGCCGCGGCGUGCCGCGCCGGGAGCCGCCUCGGCGGGCCCCGGGGCGUGUCGCCCUUCGUCGCCUGCGUCCUCGGCGGCCACGACGUCGCGCGCCUCGGCGACGCCCUCGCCGCGUGGCCGCGCGUCGCCGCCAGAGCCACCGCGGCGCGCGCGGCGGACGCGGCGGACGCGGAGUGCUUCGGCGCGCGGCCGCUGCUCCUCGCCGCGGCGCUCGGCGACGCGGCGAGCGUGCGCGCGCUCGUCGCGUUGGGCGCGGACCCGGACGCGCACCGGCCCGUGCCGCGCGACGACGCCGCGGAGCGCGACCUCGACGCGGCGGAGGCGCGCGCGCGGCGGCCCGGCGAGCCCCGGGCGCGCUUCGACGCGCGCCUCGGCGACGCGCGGGACCGGGGGAAGCGGUUGAAAUACCUCUGGGGCCGCGCGGAGGCCGAGCUGCGGGGGCCGGGCUUCGACCGCGCCGUCGCGGAGCUCUUCGGCGCUUCCCGCCCCGCGGCGUCCUUCGCGGAGGACGACGCGGGCGACGUCGCCGAGGCGGCGGCGGUCGCCGUCUUAGUCUGCCUCGGCGACCCCGCGGCGCGCGCGCCGGCGCCGGCGUCGCCCGCGCGGUCGUCGCCGGGCGCGGCCGCGACGCCGACGUGGUGGCGCGCCGCGCGGAAACUGGGCCGGCGCCUGCGGCUCGCGGAGGCGCUCCUCGCGGCGCGCGGCGCGCCGCCGCCGCCCCUGCUGGCGGCGGCGGCGGAGGCGGGCGCCGACGAGAAGAAGCGGGUCCUCGCCGCGGCGGCCAAGUGCGAGCGCGCGGCGCUCCGCCGCGACGAGCGCGCGGCCGCGCUCCGGCCCCUCGGCGCGUGGCUCCGCGCGGUCGUCGCCUCCGCCGACGCGGCGGCGAGCGGCCACGGCACGGUGGACGCCGCCGUGCGCGCGCGGGAGCGGCGCGACGAGACGCGCGACGCGCGCGACGCGGCCGCGGCCGCGCGCGACGGCGCCGGCGCGGCGCGCGGCGCCGCGUUCGACGCGUCCGUCGGCGCGGGCGCCUGCCGCGGGUCCACGCCCCUCCACGCCGCCGCGGCCGCCGGCGCGGCGCCGGACGUCCUCGCGGCGCUGCUCGGCGGCGCGGUGGCCGCGCGGCGCGACGGCGCGGACGCGGCCGACGCCGCGUGGUCGCGCCUCGCCGCGGUCGACGGCUCCGGCCGCAGCCCCCUCGGCUGCGCGCUCGCCGCGGGGCACAAGGGCGCGGCGCUCUGGCUCCUGGGCCGCCUCGAGGCCUGCGCGCCGCCGAAGCCGCCGGGCGCGGGCGCGCGCGACGGCGACGCGCCCUGGCCCGAGCCCGACUUCGACCGCUGCUUCCUCGCGCCGGCGACGCGGACCCUGCGGCGCGCCGAGGCCGCGGAGCGGGCCUGGCAGCGCGCCGCGUCCACGGGCCGCGACGACGCGGAGCGCGCGGCGCUCGAGGCCGGCGGGCCCGCGCCGCGGCUCGCGACGGCCGUCGUCGACGGCGACGCGCGCGGCGCGCGGCUCGCGAGCGGCGCCGUCGCGGGCCUCUGGGCGGCGUCGGCGCCGCCGCUCCUGGCGGCGGACCGCGCGCGCGGGGCGCUGACGGCGCUGGGCGUCGCCGCGAGCGCCUUCGAGGACGGCGCGCCGCCGUUCCUGCGGAGCCGCGGUGCGCUCGAGGCCGCCGUGCCCCUCUCGGCGCUGCCGACCCUCAAGGCCCUGGGCGUCGUCGAGGCCGGCGCCGUGCCGCCGGGCGUGCUCCGCGAGGUCCGCGAGUUCUGGGCGCGGCGGCGCAAGGGCGGCGCCGCGCCGACGUCGAGCGCCAACGAGCUCCACGACUUUUUGGCGCUCUGGCGCGACCGGCCCGACGCCGUGCUCGAGUGUUUGCGCGUCGCGCGCGCGACGCUCGCGUGGGCGCGGCGCGCGGCGGCCGCGCGCGUGCUCUGCGUCGUCGCCGCGUCCUGGGAGGCGCACAGCGCGGGGGGCGACGACGCCUUCGCGCUCGCGGGCCGCGCCCGGGGCCGCGGCGACCGGCUCGCCGACCUGGCCAAGGACGUCGCGGCCGCGCGGCGCGCGCUCGGCCACUGCGCGCACGCUUCCGGCCGCCUCGCGGAGGCGCGGCGCCACGCGCCGCGCCGCGCGGCGGCCGUGACGCGCAAGCUCCGGAGCGUGGACCUCGUGCACCGCCGCGAGUGGGCCGCGCUCUGCGGCGGGUCCGGGGCCGGCGUCCCGCCGGACGCGGACCUCGACGACCCGAAGCUCGCCGCGCUGCGGCGCGCGGCCGUCGGCGGCUGCUUCGCCGUCGCGAAUCUGGUGCGCCGGAGCGACGCGCCCCGUCUCGACGCGGCGCCCCUGGAGCGCGCGUGGGACGCGCCGCGCGGGUCGUCGGAGUUCCGCGAGGCCGCCGAGGCCGCGGCCGCCGCGGCCCUCGCGGAGAUGCGGUCCUUCGACGCGCGGACGGCGCGGGCCAUGGGCCGCGGCGAUCCCGCGCUCGUCGAGGCGCUCGCGGGCGUCAACCGGUCCGUCGACGACGCGCGCUACGCCGCGCGCGGCGGGCCCGACGGCCCGCGGCGCGCGGCCGCGGACGCGGCCGCGCGCUGGGUCGCCGCCGCGGCCGCGACGGCGGGCCACGCGCUCCUCGACGAGGCCUCGACCUCGGAGAACGUGCUCGGCGACGCGUUGGCGUCCCUGGGCGACGACGAGGACCUGCUGCCGCGGCUCCUGGACUGGCUCGGCCCGCCGCGGUGCGCGCGGCUCGCGCUGGACGCGGCCGGCGACGCGCCGUGCCCGCUCCGCGUCGCCGCGACGGCGCCCUGGGCGCCGCGCGUGCUCACGGCCCUGCUGCGCGCCGGCGCCGACGCGGCGGCGGCGCCGGCGCCGGACGGCGCGCCGAGCCUGCUCCGCGCGGCCCUCGAGGCCGCGCCGCGGUCCGACGCGGCGCGCGGCCGCGCGGCGUCCGCCGCGCGCGGCCACCGCGUCGCGCACACGGCGCUCCUCACGCUCCUCGCCGCGGACCCCGCCGCGGCCCUCGACGCCGGCGGCGACGGGUGCCUCGUCGCCGUCGCCUGCGCCAAGGGCUACCUCGACCUCGCGAGCUCGCUGCUCUCCGCGGGCGCGGCCCUCCUCCUCGACGCGCUCCUCGACCCCGCGCGCCGCGGCGGCGACGGCGGCGACGACUCCGCGCCGGCGUUGCGGCCGCGCCACUACCGCGACGCGCCCCUCGGCGCGGCGCUCCUGCACCACGCGGCCUUCGCGCGGCGGCCCGCGUGCCUCGCGAAGCUCGUCGCCGCGCGCGGCUUCGACGUCGCCGCGCGGCUCGCGUUCUGGGGCCGGGACGCGACGCCGCUGGAGGUCGCCGUGCGGCGCAACUGCGCCGAGAGCGUCACGCUCCUCGUGCGCGCCGGGGCCGAGCCCGACCGCGGGCUGGCGCUCGAGGCCGCGGCGGCGGGCCGCGGGGCCGCCGCCGUCGCCUUGCUCCGGAGCCUCCUCACCGCGCGGAGCGCCGACUCGCUCCUCGACGCCGACGCCUUCCUCCCGAGCGGCGAGACGCUGCUCCACGCGGCCUGCCGCCACGGCCAGGUCGAGCUCGCGCGGCUGCUGCUGAGCUGGGGCGCGCGCGCGAACGUCCGCUCGAAGCAGGGCGCGCUGCCCGUCCACGACUGCGUCGCGUCGGGCCACGGGGCCGUGACGCGCGUCCUCGCGACCUUCUGCCACGAGUACGACGCCGCCGCGCGCGCGCUCGCCUGGGCCUCUCGUAAAGGAAUGGAGUCGAUCUCGCUCUCGCCCGCGUUCACGCCGCUGCCGGGCCUCGUCGGCGGCGCGCUCAUCGGUGCGAUCUGUAUCGCGCGGCUCCACGCGCUGGGGCGGCUCUCGGGCCUCGCAACGGACACGCUCUUCGUGCCGGGCUUGGUGCUCGGCGGCGCGUACGCGGCCUUUCGCACUUCGCCCGACGCCUUCGUCGAAGGCACGACGCUGCCGACCUGGCGGCUCCUGCUCGCGGGCGCGCUCGUCGGCGUCGGCGUGCCGAUGGGCAAGGGCUGCACGAGCGGGAACGGCGUCCUGGGCCUCGGCUGCCUCUCGGCCGCCGGGCUCGUCAACGUGGUCGCGUUCAUGCUGGCCGCGGCGGCCGCGGCGACGUGGACGGGCGCGUCGGAGAGCGUCGCGGCGGCGGACGGCGGCGCGCCGCCGCCCUGGACGCUCGCGCUGCCGGCGCUCGCGGGCGUCCUCGCGAUGCGGCCGCUCCGGCGCGCGCCGCCGGUCGCGGACCUCGUCGCCGGCGCCGCCUUUGCGUGCGCGCUCGCGCUCAGCGGCAUGACCAAGGCCAGCAAGGUGCUCGGCUUCCUCGAGCCGACGCGCCGCGACGGCUGGGACCCCACGCUCGCCUGCGUCAUGGGCGGCGCCGUCUGCGUGAGCCUGCCCGGCGUCGCCUUCGGCAAGCUCCUCGCCGCGCACCCGCACGUCGUCGACGUCCUCGCGCGCGACGAGGCGGGCCUCGUCGCCUCGGUGCGCUGCCGCGACGGCCGCUGGGGCUGCGUCAAGAUGGUCCGAAGAGAAGCGCUGCUCCGGGACCCGCGGCGCCUCGAGUCGCUGCGGCGCGAGACGCGGGCCCUGCGCGACGGCGGCUUCGCGAGCGAUCGCGUCGCGGCGUUCCUCGCGCUCGAGGCCGACGGCGUCGGCGUCUACGCCGUCGCGGAGCUCUGCCCCGGCGGCGACCUCGCGACGCGGCGGCGGCGCUGCGGCGGCGCCGUGCCCGCGGCGGACGUCGCGUGGUACGGCGCCGACCUCCUCGCGGCGCUCGACCACCUGCGGACGCGCGGCUACGCGCACCGCGACGUCAAGUUGGAGAAUUGCGCUAUCGGGACCGACGGCCGCGCGAAGCUCGUCGGCUUCGGCGCCGUCGACUUCGGGCUCGCGUCGCCGGCGGGCCGCCGCUGCGUGACGACCUGCGGGACGCCGUGCAUGGCCGCGCCGGAGGUCGUGGACCUCGCGCUCCGCCGCGGGGCCGGCGACCGGGCGGGCACCUACGACGGCCACGCGGCGGAUCUGUGGUCGCUCGGCUGCGCGCUGCUCGAGGCCGCGACGCCCGGCCCGCUGCCCUGGGACGUCGACGCGGCGCGCGGCGCGACGCCGGCGACGGCGGCCGCGGGCCUCGCGGCCGUGCGCGAGCGGCUCCGCGCGACGCUGGCGCCGCGGCGCGCGGAGGCGCCGGGGGCGGCGCGGGCGUUCGUGGACGCGCUCCUCGUCGUCGACGCGGACGAGCGCCGGCGGACGUCGGCGCGCGCGCCGCGGGAGCACCCGGCGGGUGCGACGCCGCCGUUCGUGCCGUCGUUCCCCGCCUUUGACCCCAGGGGCGGCUCGACGCCGCGCGCCGCGCUCCUCGAGGCGUAA